ACAGCAGGGGGCGCUCUGCUGUGGAUGAGUGGGACAGACCAGAGGAGGGAGUCUCUCCUGUGAAACCUCUCUGUGUGAAGACCAAGAAGCUCUGAGGUUCAGGAUGGAGAGGAAGAGUCCAGACUCUGCUGAACCCAGCUGUGUGUCCAUGAAGAGUGACCGGUCUAUUGGUCGUAUAAUUGACUUCAGACAGUCAGCAGAUGAAAGGUUCAGGAUGGAGAGGAAGAGUCCAGACUCUGCUGAACCCAGCUGUGUGUCCAUGAAGAGUGACCGGUCUAUUGGUCGUAUAAUUGACUUCAGACAGUCAGCAGAUGAACGAGUUCAGCUGGAACCAUCAGAGUUCUUCAGAGAUCAGUCCAAACAGCAGAAACCAGAGCUGGACUCCAUAUUUCUGCUGCUGGAGGAGAACAUUAUCAUCUUUGUGAAGAAGGAACUGAAGAGAUUUCAGAAGGCUCUGAGUCAGGAUAACCCAGAAUGUCCCAGUGAGGAUGAGGAGGUGUUGGUUAGGGGAGAUGAAGAGCAGAGGAGCAGAGAGGCUUUUCUGAAGAUCACAGAGAACUUCCUGAGGAGAAUGAAGCAGUACGAGCUGGUCGACUAUCUGAGGAACAGAUCUUCUGCUUCAGUAUGCCGACAGAAACUCAAGUCUAACCUGAAGCAGAAGUUCCGGUGUGUGUUUGAGGGGAUCGCUAAAGCAGGAAACCCAACCCUUCUGAAUCAGAUCUACACAGAGCUCUACAUCACUGAGGGAGGGACUGGAGAGGUCAAUGAGGAACACGAGGUCCGACAGAUUGAAACAACAUCCAGGAAAGCAGACAGAGCAGAAACUACCAUCAGACAGGAAGACAUCUUUAAAGCUCCACCUGGAAGAGAUGAACCAAUCAGAACAGUGAUGACGAAGGGCGUGGCUGGCAUUGGGAAAACAGUCUUAACACAGAAGUUCACUCUGGACUGGGCUGAAGGCAAAGCCAACCAGGACAUCUGGUUCACAUUUCCAUUCACUUUCAGAGAGCUGAAUCUGCUGAAAGAGAAAGAGUUCAGCUUGGUGGAGCUCCUUCAUCACUUCUUUACUGAAACCAAAGAAGCAGGACUCUGCAGGUUUGAGGACUUCCAGGUGGUCUUCAUCUUUGACGGUCUGGAUGAGUGUCGACUUCCUCUGGACUUCCACCAAACCAAAAUCCUCUCUGAUGUCAGAGAGUCCACCUCAGUGGGUGUGCUGCUGACAAACCUCAUCAGGGGGAACCUGCUUCCAUCUGCUCGCCUCUGGAUAACCACACGACCUGCAGCAGCCAAUCAGAUCCCUCCUGGGUAUGUUGACAUGGUGACAGAGGUCAGAGGGUUCACUGACCCUCAGAAGGAAGAGUACUUCAGGAAGAGGUUCAGAGAUGAGGAUCAGGCCAGCACAAUCAUCUCCCACAUCAAGACCUCCCGAAGCCUCCACAUCAUGUGCCACAUCCCGGUCUUCUGCUGGAUCACUGCUACAGUUCUGGAAGAUCUGCUGAAGACCAGAGAGGGAGGAGAGCUGCCCAAGAGCCUGACUGAGAUGUUCAUCCACUUCCUGGUGGUUCAGUCGAAAGUGAAGAGCAUCAAGUUUGAUGGAGGAGCUGAGACUGAUCCACACUGGAGUCCAGAGAGCAGGAAGAUGAUGGAGUCCCUGGGUAAGCUGGCUUUUGAGCAGCUGCAGAAAGGAAACCUGAUCUUCUAUGAACCAGACCUGAGAGAGUGUGGCAUCGAUAUCAGAGCAGCCUCAGUGUACUCAGGAGUGUUCACACAGGUGUUUAUAGAGGAGAGAGGACUGUACCAGGACACGGUGUUCUGCUUCAUCCAUCUGAGUGUUCAGGAGUUUCUGGCUGCUCUUCAUGUCCAUCAGACCUUCACCAACUCUGGAGUCAACCCGAUGGAAGAGGAACAAACAACAUCCAGGAUCUCUAAAAUCUUUAGAGACAAGCCUAAACUGAGACAUCUCCAUCAGAGCUCCGUGGACCAGGCCUUACAGAGUCCUAAUGGACACCUGGACCUGUUCCUCCGCUUCCUCCUGGGUCUGUCACUGACCACCAAUCAGAAUCUCCUACGAGGUCUGCUGACACAGACAGGAAGUGACUCAGAGACCAAUCAGGAAACAGUCCAGUACAUCAAGACAAAGAUCAGUGAGGAUCUGUCUGCAGAGAGAAGCAUCAACCUGUUCCACUGUCUGAAUGAACUGAAGGAUCGUUCUCUAGUGAAGCAGAUCCAACGGUCCCUGAGAUCAGGACGUCUCUCCACAGAUAAACUGUCUCCUGCUCAGUGGUCAGCUCUGGUCUUCAUCUUACUGUCAUCAGAAGAAGAUCUGGACGUGUUUGACCUGAAGAAAUACUCUGCUUCAGAGGAGGCUCUCCUGAGGCUGCUGCCAGUGGUCAAAGCCUCCAACAAAGCUCUACUGAGUGGCUGUAACCUCUCAGAGAGAAGCUGUGGAGCUCUGUCCUCAGUCCUCAGCUCCCAGUCCUCCAGUCUGAGAGACCUGGACCUGAGUACCAACCACCUGCAGGAUUCAGGAGUGGAGCUGCUCUCUACUGGACUAAAGAGUCCACACUGCAGACUGGAAACUCUCAUACUGAGUGGCUGUAACCUCUCAGAGGGAAGCUGUGGAGCUCUGUCCUCAGUCCUCAGCUCCCAGUCCUCCAGUCUGAGAGACCUGGACCUGAGUACCAACCACCUGCAGGAUUCAGGAGUGGAGCUGGUCUCUACUGGACUAAAGAGUCCACACUGCAGACUGGAAACUCUCAUUCUGUCUGGCUGUAUGGUCACAGAGGAAGGCUGUUCUUUUCUGGCCUUGGCUCUGAGCUGGUCCUGUCUGACAGAGCUGGACCUGAGCUACAAUCAUCCAGGAGAACCAGGAGAGAAAAUACUGUCUGCUCUCCAGGAGGAUCCAGACUGCAAACUGGAGACACUGAGACUGGACCAUGGGGGGCGGCACAGACUGAAACCAGGUCUGAAGAAGUACGCCUGUGAGCUGGAAGUGGACACAAACACAGUGAACAGAAACCUCAGACUGUCUGACAACAACAGGACGGUUACAUGGGUGGAGGGAGGUCAGUCAUAUCCUGAUCAUCCAGACAGAUUUGAUAACUGGCCUCAGCUGCUGUGUCAGACUGGUCUGACUGGUCGCUGUUACUGGGAGGUCGAGUGGAGAGGAGUGUUUCAUGUAUCAGUGAGUUACAGAGGAAUCAGACGGAGAGGAAACAGAGAUGAAUGUGUGUUUGGAUGGAAUGAUCAGUCCUGGAGUCUGAGGUGCUCUGAUGGUUACUCUGUCCUUCACAAUAACAGAGUAACAAAAAUCUCCUCCUCCUCCUCUUCAUCCUCUGGUAGAGUAGGGGUGUAUCUGGACCAUCCUGCUGGCUCUCUGUCCUUCUACAGAGUCUCCUCUGGCAGACUGAUCCACCUCCACACCUUCAACACCACAUUCACGAAACCACUCUAUCCUGGGUUUGGGGUUUGGCACUCAUCUCCAGGUUCUUCAGUGUGUCUGUGUUCUGUGUAG